UCUUAUUUUUUUUUUUUCCCUGUUGUUACAAUACAAAAUGGCUGACGAGGACAUUGAAGUCGAAGAGACCCCCGGCUACAAGGCGCCCAAGGCCGUCGAUCUCGACACCCUUAAGAACCUCGACGCCAACGACGAGUCCCUCAAGAAGUGGAAGGAGUCGCUGCUCAAGGGCAGCGGCGGUGCUUCUGCCACAGGCAAGCCCGUCGUCGUGCAAAAGCUCUCGCUCGUUGUUGCCGAUCGCUCGGACGUCGCUCUCGACCUGACUGGCGAUCUCAACAAGCUUAAGGACGCGCCCUUCACCAUCAAGGAGGGAUGCGAGUACCGCAUCAAGAUUGGAUUCACCGUCAACAAGCUCGUUGCUGGUCUCCGUUACGUCCAGGCCGUCUACCGCAAGGGCAUCAAGGUCGACAACUCGUCCGUCAUGGUUGGCAGCUAUGGCCCCAACGCCGAGCCCUACGUCUACACCUCGCAGGUUGAGGAGGCGCCCUCUGGCAUGCUCGCUCGCGGCCACUACACUGUCAAGAGCAAGUUCAUCGACGACGACAAGGUCUCCCACCUCGACUGGCAGUGGUCGUUCGACAUUGCCAAGGACUGGUAACAACCCGACGGGUCGACCUUUAAAAAAAACACAAAAAGUGUGUUGUGCUUCAUGUCAAGCCGCUUUUUUGGUUCGUGUAAUAAAGUUUAAAAACAUACAACAUCCAAA